GUCGUGCGCGCUGAGGAGGAGCCGCCGCCGCCGUCGCCGUCGCCGCUGCCGCCGCCGCCGCUACCGAGGCCGAGCGGAGCCGUUAGCGCCGCGCCGCCGCCGCCCGCCCGCCCCGGAGCAGCCCCGGGCCCGCCCGCCCGCGUCCAGAUUUUUAAAAAAUACAAUGUCUAAUGGUUAUGAAGACCACAUGGCCGAAGACUGCAGGGAUGAUAUCGGGAGAACGAAUUUAAUUGUCAACUACCUGCCUCAGAACAUGACCCAGGAUGAGCUGCGGAGUCUGUUCAGCAGUAUCGGGGAAGUCGAGUCUGCAAAACUCAUUCGGGAUAAAGUAGCAGGGCACAGCCUCGGCUACGGCUUUGUGAACUACGUGACCGCCAAGGACGCGGAGAGAGCGAUCAACACGCUGAAUGGCCUGCGGCUCCAGUCAAAGACCAUUAAGGUGUCGUACGCUCGCCCGAGCUCAGAGGUCAUCAAAGACGCCAACCUGUACAUCAGUGGGCUCCCGCGGACCAUGACCCAGAAGGACGUGGAGGACAUGUUCUCUCGGUUCGGGCGAAUCAUCAACUCCCGAGUCCUUGUGGAUCAGACCACAGGUUUGUCCAGAGGGGUUGCGUUUAUCCGGUUUGACAAACGGUCGGAGGCAGAAGAGGCAAUUACCAGUUUCAAUGGUCAUAAACCCCCAGGUUCCUCCGAGCCCAUUACAGUGAAGUUUGCAGCCAACCCCAACCAGAACAAAAACGUGGCGCUGCUCUCCCAGCUGUACCACUCGCCCGCCAGACGGUUCGGAGGCCCCGUUCACCACCAGGCGCAGAGAUUCAGGUUCUCCCCUAUGGGUGUAGAUCACAUGAGUGGGCUUUCUGGUGUCAAUGUCCCGGGCAACGCGUCUUCGGGCUGGUGCAUCUUCAUCUACAACCUCGGGCAGGACGCCGAUGAGGGGAUCCUCUGGCAGAUGUUUGGCCCCUUUGGGGCCGUCACCAAUGUGAAAGUGAUCCGCGACUUCAACACCAACAAGUGCAAAGGCUUUGGCUUUGUGACCAUGACAAACUAUGAAGAAGCCGCCAUGGCCAUAGCAAGUCUGAACGGCUACCGCCUGGGGGACAAAAUCUUACAGGUUUCCUUCAAAACCAACAAGUCCCACAAAUAACUCGCUCAUGCUUUUUUUUUUUUGUACGGAAUAGAUAAUUAAGAGUGAAGAAGUUGAAACUUUUUUGUUAGUGUACAACUCAUUUUGCGCCAAUUUUCACAAGUGUUUGUCUUAGUCUAAAUGAGAAGUGAAAAAAGGUUUUUAUACUCUGGGAUGCAACCGACAUGUUCAAAUGUUUGAAAUCCCACAAUGUUAGACCAAUUUAAGUUUCUUAAGUUAUUUCCUUUAAAAUAUAUAUUAAACAGAAAUCUAAGUAGACUGCAUUGACUAACCAGUCCCUCGGGACGGUGGUGACCUGAAGCAUGCUUUAACUUCUGAGACUGUCUAACACUCGUUUCAUUCGGUGUCUCCACAAACUGGAUAUAAAAAAAAAAAAAAAAAGAAAAAGAAAAAAAAAAAGACAUGACCUUUUAGUUUUAGUUUUCCAACUAAAGACGUUAGACAGAUGCUGAGUGUGCGUUUUCUCAACCGCUUCAACAUUUUAAGCGAUUUCUGCUUUGGUUGACAGGAAAUUGCUUUCCCCAGCAGGUGCCAUUGCCACCUCCUGCUCACUCAGCCCCGGGGCUCUGCAGCGGGCCAUCCGCCGGGGGCUGCCACCGGGGAGGGGGGGCCACACGCCGGGCCGCGCCGGGCCCUCCAGAGAAGGACACGCACGGGUUUCGUGAGCCCAGGCGCCAGUGGGAACGGACCAAAGAGUUUCAGGGAAACUCCAAUAUAUUCCAGAGUCAGACCUAACUCCAGGCGUGCCUGAAGACGGGCUGCUCCUCUGACAUCCCGAAUUUCUGUGCACACAUUGCAUGCGCGGUGCCCCGCACACCGGGCACUGGUGUCCCCAGUCAUUUCUCCACUUUCCAAGAGCAGUUCACACAGCUCGAAUGCCUACGAUCGCUCUAUACUUUAAGAACACAGAAACAUUUGAGCACUGUACUUCUCGCAUCCCUUCUCGUGAGCGCUAGACUUGUUUCUAUUUUAGUCGGAUUUUGUUUUGAAACUUUGCUUUCGUAUGAACACUCAGCAGAAAAGUACUUCUUGCCAGUUAUCUAUUAACAAAAAAAAAACAAAAAAAAAACAAAAACAAAAAACAAAAAAAAAAACAACCUUUGAUUUGUAGUUUUAAAGAUUAACCCUCCCAAGUUCUCUUCAUAACUGCCUUGACAUUUUGGGUUGUUCUGUUCUGUUAAUUUUCUUUUGCUUUUUUGUGUUUUUUGUUUGUUUUUACUUUUGCAUUUAAGACCAUUAAAUUUGAUUUUGUUUUGCUCGAA